UGUAUGUAUACCCUGAAUCCUGAUUAGUGAUUGGUCAGUACACGUCAAACGUCAAACGAGGAAUAUCUACCGGAGUAGUUUAUCAUAUUUGUAGCAAUAGAUAUUGAUAGAUAUCUAAUGUUAAAUGCAUUGAAAAGGUGGGCGUUGGGUCUAAGUAAUACAGUGAGUGUUUAUAUAAAACGUAUUGCAUUUUAUAUAAUGGAUGUAUUAGAACCAGAAUUAAUUUGGGUUAAUGGACAGUGCUAUAGAUUUUACGAGAGUACUGCCUGGAAAAACAUUCAUACAUCAGCCCCAUACAUGGAGGACAAAGAAUCAGUUUGUUCCAAUGAUGAUUCUGAAACUGAUAUAGAAAUAGUACCUCAUGGUACAUCAUUUAAGCAUACCUUUUAUGUACCCAAAAUCUUUUACUCGCAUAUAAUUGGUACAAAAGGUGUAACACGCAGGAAAUUGGAAAAUGAGACAAGAACAACUAUUGAUAUACCCAAAAAAGGGAAAGAUGGACACAUUGUUAUUACUGGACGGGAACGCAAGGCUGUAAUAUCUGCAAGAAAUAGAAUUGAUUUGUUAAUAGAGACUUUGAAGAAAAAGAUACAUUAUACACACUUUUUGUCAAUCCCAUUAAAUAAAAAAGGGAUAAUGGAUAAAUAUCUUUCUUUCAAGAAUGAAGUAUUGGAGAAGUAUAACAAAACUACACACAAUAUUGAUGAAUCACUGUUUCAAACAACAUCUAAAUUACAUCUCACUAUUGGAAUGCUUAAAUUAUUUGAUGAUAAUGAUAAAAAGCAUGCUGUCGAUGUACUCAUGGAUUGUAAAGAAAAUAUUAUAAAUCCUAUUCUUGAAGAAACUGGGCCAUUAAAUAUACAAUUACAAGGAGUUGCAUGUAUGAACGAUGAUCCUACUGAGGUUAAAAUUUUAUAUGCACAAGUUACACGCAAUGAAAAAUUGCAAGAACUCAUAAAUAAAGUUGCUGAAUACUUUAUCGACACAGGUUUAAUGGAGAAAGAGUAUGAAACAAUUAAAUUACAUGCUACUUUGAUGAAUGUAGCAUUUAAAGAUGAAUAUCCAGCAAAAUUUAAGGAAAGAUAUGACGCAAGUGAAAUAAUAAAUGCAUAUAAGGAUACAUUGUUUGGAGAAACAAUAUUAAAUCAGAUUGAUAUAUCUGAACUUCAUACUGCUACAAGAGACAAUUAUUAUAAAUCAACAGGUAGCAUAACGUUUUAAGUACUUUUUAAGUACAGGGAUAUAUGCUGUAAUUGUAGCAAUUAUUUCUUUUUAUUGCAAAAAAGUAAGUCAAAAAAG